UCACCUGAUCAGCUCCAGAGUCCAACUGGUUCUGGUUCUGGUCUCAGAGCUCAUCUAGAGAACAUCCAUCUCCAUGGUGACAAAGAUGGGCUGGUGGGAUCGGAGCUGUGGAACCAGUAACUAUUUUCCUUCGGUCUUUAUGUUGCUAUGGUGAUGAUUAUGCUAUAAUCCCCAGCAUGAUGCUGCCUAGUCCGGAUCGGGGGUAAUGCAGGUAAUGGACUUUACUGCUGAAUGAACACCUGAUGGAGAACCGGGCAUGUAUGACCUUUGACCUCCCCCUUCACUUCCCCCGACACCUCAUCACCAGGAAACAGCCCGCUCUCAGCGCUCGCGCCGCAUCUCAUGCCCAUAUAAGGCAUCGUUGAGCGGCUGCCCGACCCGCCGCGGCUCCACGCCGCCCUCUGCUGCUGGAGGAAGGAACUGCACCUGAUGCUUUCUGCUAAGCUUCUGAAAUGAUUUUUAAAUAAUUAGUUUGCAAAUGUCUGAUGAGUUUGUGUUUUUUGAGUAAAUUUAAGUUGAUUCAUUUUAUGAUCCUGCCGCAUAAUUUCUGUUCAGCGGGAUUUAUUUUGGUUUGGUGAGGAGCGUUUUGAGGUUUCUUUGCUUCUUUUGUGUCAUAAUUUCACUAAAUUAAAACUACAACUCUUGAUUUGGAGUAAAUUACAUCCAAACUGUCAUUUUAAAAGACUAUUCAUACAUUUGAGCAGUGCGGCUCCGAAGUCCCACCUGCCCACCUGGCAGUUCAACACACUGCGCCAUCUGCUGACCGUUCGUGGAACUGCACGCCGACAUGAGCUGAAUAUCUGCAGAUUUCAUGUUUUUUUUAAAAGAUCAAAAAGGAAAAUCAAAUAAAGAUUUUUCCUAAACAAACCUUUUCAUCCUUCAAGCUGCUUUCUGAUCCGGAAAGAGGAGCUGACCCACUUUCAGCAACACCAGAACCGAACAGAUCUCAUUCUGCUCCUGAACGCAGCCCUGCUGGGCCCCGCCCCCAAGCGCCCAAUCAGAGCCCGGCAAGUGGGAAGCGGAGCCCUGUGAUUGGCUGCUGCCGGGUGAAGCAGCCUCCUCCUCCCUCCAUCCAAGGCUGCGGAUCUGAGGUGAGGGACUCGCUCUGCGUGGCGGGUCUGAUCUUCCCCACAUAGCUGCAGGUGUGUGCGGGACGCUCAGGUGGAAACGCUCAUCUGAUGAAAGUCAUUGAUCGGUCGGGCUGUGACGUCACUCAGGCCGCCGUGGCAGAGCAUCAUGGGUAAUAGCGACAGCGUGAUGGUGCAGAAGCGGAUGGCCCGGUUCCGUCCAGAGGAGCGGUCCGUGAUCGACGGCGCGUUUGAGCGUCUGCAGGCCGGCGGCCCGGGGAAGACGCUCCAGCUGGAGGCGCUGCAGGCGUCCCUGGGGGCCCUGGUCCCUGUCGCCAUGGUGACCAGGACGUUCUGGGGCCUGUGCAGCAUCGAGCCGGGACGGGUGGAACCGGGCCGGGCCGGCGCCGCCCCAGGGCCGGACCGGGAGCAGCUGACGGUUUUCCUGGCAGAUGUCCUGCGGGGGACGGCAGAGGAGCGCGCGCCGCUGGUCAUGGCCAUGUCCCACAAUGCAGCGGGGCGGCCGCAGGCGGUCAGCUGCCAGCAGGUGGCGGCGUUCCUGGAGGACCUGAUCACUGCUGUAGUUCACAUCCUGACCAGCAGGGGGCGCCUGCAGGGCUGGAGGCCGCAGCAGAUGGGCGACACGGCACUGGGGGUCAAGCUGCUGGCCGAGCAGAUGACCUCUGACCUCAGACCAUCAGACCCGGCGACCUGCGACCUGUCCUGUCUGGAGGACUGGGUCUUCCGGGUGUCCCAGGUCUCCCAGUACCUGGAGGUUCUGGUGGCCGAGGGCCUGAACGUUUCCCUGAGCGGCCGGACGGCGCCGGACCUGCUGCCGCCGUGCCGGGACACGGACUGGACCCACCUGACCGUCCUGCUGGAUGUACCCACGCUCAUGUUCCUGGCUCCACAGCUGCCAGACGGCUGCAGCGCCCCCUGGAGGCUGGUCUUUUCCACGCAGCUGCACGGGGAGAGCUUCACCAAGAUGGCCGCCGCUCUGCAGCACCACGGGCCCACGAUGCUGCUGCUGCGGGACACCCGGGGCCACGUGUUCGGGGGCUACGCCUCCACCGCCUGGGAGCUCAAGCCCCAGUUCCAGGGUGACUCCAGAUGCUUCCUGUUCUCGGUUUUCCCCACUCUGAGGGUUUACACGGCGACAGGAUACAACGAACACUUCAUGUACCUGAACCAGCACCAGCAGACGAUGCCCAACGGACUGGGCAUGGGGGGUCAACACGACUACUUUGGCCUGUGGCUGGACAGCGACUUCGGCCGCGGUCACAGCCGUGCUCGCCCCAAAUGCACGACGUACGGAAACCCGCAGCUGUCGGCUGACGAGGACUUCGUCCUGGACGCUGUGGAGGUUUGGGCCGCAGGGAACCUGCCGGCGCCGCCCGAGGACAAGGAAGAGGAGGAGGGGAAGAAGAGCAUCCUGAAGGUGGAUCCGGAGGUCCAGGCCAUGAUGGAGCUGACGGGGAAGACUCUGCACAGCGAGGGCUUUAAUGAGCUGCAGGAAGACUUUGACUAGGCCAUGUGCGGCUGCAUGGACAGGAGGCGAUGCGUUCUGCUUCCUCACCCCCAGGUUGUUGUUCCAGUUGGAUCUUCGGCCCCCUUCAGGUCUCCAGGUUGAACUGCAGUUCAGCCCCUCCCCCACCCGUUACUGGCAGCAGUCCUGUUUGCAUGCGACUCCCCUGACUGUACAAGAGUUUCUGGAUGUUGAAUAGUUGAUGGUUAAUCUGUGAGAAUCAGAGUCUUAGGUUUGGUGUCCAAAGUGUGGCCCGGGGCCUUUGUGGUUCUAGAAAUGAUUUUGUUUGGCCCCUGACCACAAGUCAAGAAAUGUAAAAUGUUUGGCCAAUUUCAGUUUCCAAACUGACAUUUUGGAAAAUAUCUGUUUUUCUUUUAAUAAGCCAACAGUCCGAAGGUCUUUUUAUGUAAAACACAAAACCUGACCAAGUAUUUACAGUUUGUAGCACAAAAGUCUUAAUAAGAAAUAAGGCCAAUAAUUUCACUCAUAACGAGACGCUGAAAUAAUCUGCUAACGUUUUCACCAAAUUUUAAUGUAAGUUAGUUUUGUCUUAUUUCAUGUCAGCUGAGAUGUUUGCUCUAGAAACUUUAAAUACUUGGUCAGAUUUAGUGUUUUUGCAGUUUCAUCAGAUUUUAUUAAAAAAACUUUUGUUGAGCAGGUAAAACUAAAAAAGAAAAAAAUUUAAUAAUCACAAAUUUUUGCAUUUUUAAUUCAAUGACAUUUAGCUGCUUUAAAUUAGUCUGUUUUGGCCCACAGGGCAAAAAGUUUGGGCCCCUGAUUCAAUGGUUGAUGAGUUGAAGCAAAAAGAGCUGCAGCUGCUGCUGACCCGGUCCAGAACCAGUCCAGUACUGAACCUGCCCGGAUCCGGCUCCUCGCCUGCUGAUGGGUUUUUAUGGUUUAAAUGAAGAAAGUUUUGGGUUUUCUGCUCAAUGAAUAUUUCUGCAGCGUUUCUUUGGGUUAUUUUUUUUAUCUUGGGUAAUUUAAGAGACAAAAGAGCUUCAGCUGAUCUAUCUGAUGGAUUUCUACCUCAAAUCUGUUUCAGUCUGAAACUUUCUGCUGGUUUUUCAUUGCUUGUGGUUAAUACCUUAUCCUGUGUGUGUGUGUGUGUG